AUGGUCCAGCAUCUUUAUGCCUUAGCGGCACUUGUGUCCACUGCCACGGCCCAAUCCGGUGGUAUCCAGACCGGUCUUCAAUAUGGAGAGAAUUGGACGCCUACCAUCAAGGACUCAGACCUUGUUGCGGCCAACUUUCCUGACGUCAAUAUCACUCUUCGGUCUCCUGCGUUUCUAAACCCCGAGACAGUGCCUGCUCGGUUUGCCAACGGUACAGAGGGGCCUACGGAUGACAUUGAACUUGACUACUUCAUUCGCAAUCUGGCACGAAAGCAUGAUUGGAUGACCUACGAGUCCGCCGCCUUCCAGUCCGAGGAAGGCCGCUCAAUUCCAUACGUCUUUCUGUCAGAGCCUAGUACCAACUCGAGCAGUAACAAGCUCAGAGUAUAUCUACAGGCCGCCAUUCAUGGAAACGAGCCGGCUGCUGAUCAGUCCGUCCUUGCAUUCCUAGGCAAGAUGGAUGCUGAGCCAGAGUGGGCUGCUUCUAUUCUGGAGAAGAUGGACAUUAAGAUCCUUCCCCGGUACAACGUGGAUGGCGUUGCUUAUUUUCAGAGACAGCUCUCUUCCAAUCUGGACCCGAACCGUGAGCACCUCAAGCUCAUGCGUGGUCAGUCAAGAGAGAUCAAGAAGGUCAUUUCUGAGUGGAACCCCCAUAUCGCUCUGGACAUGCACGAAUUCACUGCUCCCACCGUCUACGGAGGAAAUUACCAGCACGGAUCAGAUGCUCUGCUUUCCGGCGGCAUCAACCCGAACAUCCACCCCAACAUCCGAGAGCAACUUCUUGACUUCUUCAUCCCUGCUGUCGGAGAGAAGCUCGAGUCCUAUGGUCUCCGCUGGGAGCCUUAUGUCACUGGCGCUUCCAAUCGCACUGAAGGAUCGAGAAUACAAUUCACCGAGGCUGUCACUGAGGCACGAACUGGUCGCAAUGCUGUUGGCCUGACUCAGACUAUCUCCUUCCUGCUCGAGAUGCGCGGUAUCCGUAUCGCCGACCAGCAUUUCCAGCGUCGUGUAGCCACUGCUCUCAUCAAAAUCCAGACCAUCCUUGAACUUGCAAGAGAUAAUGCCGACAAGGUCAAGUCUGUCGUUGAGGACGCUCGCAAGGAGUUUAUCAACAGCGACGAAGACAUCGUCAUCACAGACUCUUAUGUUCCUGAGAAAAGAACAUUCACUAUGGUCGAUCAACGAAACGGAAGUGUCGUCCAGGUUCCAAUUGACUUCAAGCGCACAACACCCUCUAUCGCAAACCUCACAAGAGCCAGGCCUGAAGCUUACAUCAUCCCAAGAACGUGGAUCGAUGUCGCCCAGAGACUUGAGAUUCUCGGACUCAAGGUUGAGAAGUUGGACUAUGAGUUCAGACAGACUCUCGAGACCAUGGUCAUCGAGUCUUCCGUUGUUGAGCCCAGCUUGUAUGAGGGAACUUACCUGAACACGGUCACAACAAACACUACGACAAGAGAGGUUGUGCUACCUGUUGGAAGUUACUAUGUAAGCACCAGGCAGCAAAAUGCAGCUUUGGCUUUCAUUGCGCUUGAGCCUGAGAACAUUGAUAGCUAUGUCAAGUUCAACAUCAUUCCGGUUGAGACAGGUAUGGAGUAUCCCAUCUUUAGAAUUCCACGGGAAUAA